AUGGCAGCCAAGGCUCCAUGGCUGGGUUUCUUAUUUCUGGUUUCCCUCUGGGGGCUGUCAGCUCCAGCCUUGCUUCUCAGGCGCCUGAGAGAACACAUUCAGAAAUUUCAGGAGAGCUCCAGCCUGAAUCCAGGCUUCGGUCUAAGCCAGGGUUUUAUGGAUGUCCCCAAACAAGGGUGGCUGGAGCAACCUCUGGAUCCCUUCAACACAUCUGAUAGACGGACCUUCUUGCAGCGGUACUGGGUGAAUGAUCGACACCGAGCUGGCCAAGAUGCACCUGUAUUUCUUCACAUAGGGGGUGAAGGCAGCCUUGGGCCUGGCUCAGUGAUGGCAGGGCAUCCUGUAGCACUGGCCCCUGCCUGGGGGGCCCUGGUGAUAAGUUUGGAACACAGAUUCUAUGGUCUGAGUAUGCCUUCUGGGGGCCUGGAUAUGGCCCAGCUUCGAUACUUGUCCAGCCGCAAUGCGUUGGCUGACGUGGCCUCCGCCCGCCAGGUGCUCUCCCGCCUCCUCAACGUGUCCUCUUCCAGCCCCUGGAUCUGCUUCGGAGGCUCCUACGCUGGCUCUCUGGCGACCUGGACCCGGUUGAAGUUCCCCCACCUAGUCUUCGCCGCCGUCGCCUCCUCCGCACCGCUUAGCGCGGUGCUGGACUUCUACGCCUACAACGAGGUGGUGGCCAGAAGCUUGACACAAGUUGCGAUUGGCGGAUCGCUGGAGUGUCUAGCGGCGGUCUCCGCAGCAUUCGCGGAGGUGGAGCGGCUUCUGCGCGCAGGCCCCGCCGCUCAGGCUGUGCUGAGAGAGGAGCUGGGCGCCUGCGGGUCCCUGGAUCUUAAGGAAGACCAGGGGGAGUUGCUGGGGGCGUUGCAGGCGCUGGUGGGAGGCACCGUGCAGUACGACGGGCAGGCGGGAGCGCCGCUAAGAGUGCGCCAGCUCUGCGGGCUCCUCCUCGGGGACUCUGGCAACCGCAGUCACUCCACGCCCUACCUCGGGCUUCGCCGGGCGGUGCAGAUAGUCUUGCGCAGCAUGGGCCAGAGGUGUUUAAGCUUUUCCCGGGCAGAGACAGUGGCACAGCUGAGAGCCACCGAAGCUCAAGUGUCUGGCGUGGGGGACCGGCAGUGGUUGUACCAAACGUGCACUGAGUUCGGCUUUUAUGUCACCUGUGAGAGUCCUCAUUGUCCUUUUUCCCAGCUUCCAGCACUGCCCUCCCAGCUAGAUCUGUGUGAACAAGUGUUUGGUCUCUCAGCUUCAUCUGUUGCUCAGGCUGUGGCCCAGACAAACUCUUACUAUGGUGGCCAGACCCCCAGAGCCACCCAAGUACUUUAUGUUAAUGGGGACACCGAUCCCUGGCAGGUGCUAAGUGUAACACAGGACUUGGGACCCUCUGAGCCAGCUCUUCUCAUUCCUAGUGCCUCUCACUGCUUCGAUAUGGCACCUAUGAGACCUUCAGACUCUCCCAGCCUCCGACUGGGGCGCCAGAAAAUCUUCCAGCAGUUACAGGUCUGGCUUAAAGAUACAAAGAAGAACCAGGAUUGAUGUGUGAUCUAAACCCAGUCCUUCACCAGUCGUAUCAUGGCAACUUCAUCCUGGCAUUUUUCUACACUGUUACAAAAGAAAUCAGUUGGCUUGGAAGGAGGAAAUCCCAAGACUUGGAAUUCAGUGCCUAUUCUGCAUGCUUGUUUUCCAGUCAUCCUCACUGCCAACUAGAAGUUGUAUUUGUCAUAGUUUGUGUAAAUGUAGGCCAGUGAUUACUGUCCUUGCAGGCAUCCAGAUUCUGUGUGGUAAAUGUCAGGGAAAUAUGGCUCUACAUGCUGGAGCUUUCUACUGUAAGAUCAGAAUCUGGCUUGAACUGGGCACCUACUGCACAUGACUCUCUACUUCCAAACUCUGUCUUAGUCUGCCGUGGUUAAUUAUUGUCAACUUAACUAAAUUUAGAAUCAUCAUGGAAACAACUCUGGACUGUCUUUGAGGACGUAUCCAGCAAAGUUAUACUAGAAAGACUCCCCUGAAGUGAUGGUGACAUCUCUGAGGUUCCAGCUAAGUAAAAAGGGAAACUGAGCACCAAUA